AUGGAUUGCCACGCCUAUAGAGAUUUAUGUUGUUCAUAUCCGUGUCAGCAUGGAGGAGUUUGUCUAACGGAGGGAUUUGAUAAUUAUGUAUGUGACUGUACUGGCACGGAAUUUUAUGGACGACAUUGUGAAGCUCCUACUUUGUCAAGACGCAUCAAAUUAUGGUUGAAGCCAAGACCAUCAACAAUGCACAACUUGCUGACUAAUUAUGAAUGGUUGUGGAGUAUUGUGAACAAUAUACCUUUCUUGAAAAAUUUUAUAAUGAAAAACAUUAUCCUUAUGAGAGCUGGUAUGGUUGAUAGUCCCCCACAAUACGACAACGAACACAAUUACAUAACUCUUGAUGCAAACUUCAAUCAUUCCUUUUACACAAGGACAUUACCACCCGUUCCAGCGGACUGUCCAACGCCAUUAGGUGUCGCUGGAAGAAAAGAUUUACCAGAUUUAGAUAUUUUGGCUAAAAAUCUACUUUUUCGAGAGAAGUUUAAGCCAGAUCAAAGGGGAACAAGUGUUCUGUUCCCUUUUAUGGCACAACACUUUACCCACAUGUUUAUAAAAACUGACAUGAAGCGUGGACCACAGUUUCAAUGGGGAGGACAUGGGCUAGACGUGUCGCAUAUAUAUGGAAAGGACAAACAUGAUGAAGAUUUGUUGAGAUCGUUUAGAGAUGGCAAAUUUAAACUUCAGACUAUAAACAAUGAAGAAUGGCCUCUUCACAAUAAGGAUGUUAAUAUGAAGCUGAACUUCUUUGACUUUGUACCGGUUAUGGAAAACAAUAGUUUUGCCCUUGGUCACGCUUUCUUUAACAACUUUCCUGGGCUGUUUAUGUUUUCUACUAUUUGGAUGAGAGAACAUAAUCGUGUUUGUGAUAUAAUGAAAAAAGAACACCCAGAAUGGGACGAUGAACGUCUCUAUCAGACAGGAAAACUUAUCGUUUUAGGAGAGACGAUGAAAAUUGUCACAGAGGAAUAUAUACAGCAUUUGAGUAACUAUCAUUAUCAAAUUUUGUAUAAACCAGAACUUUUGUUUGAUGUACCAUUUCAAUACCAGAAUCGCAUUGCUCUUGAAUUCAAUCACUUAUAUCACUGGCAUCCGUUGAUACCUGAUGAUUUCAUAUUUGGAGGAACAAAUUACACUUUAAAACAACUCCUUGGUAAUCCUGGAAUAGUUAUAAAACAUGGAAUGGCCUCGUUUGUGGGUUCACUGUCCAAGCAGAUUGCUGGUAGUUUCACAGUAAAGAAUCAUCCACAUUUUGGUGUAAAAGUUGCGAAGGACGUUAUUAAACAUGGCCGCGAAUUACGUCUACAAUCAUAUAAUAAUUACAGAAAAAGAUUUAAUUUACAACCGUUUCAAUCAUUUGAACAAUUAACAGGCAAUAAAAAGUUAGCCAAAGAACUAGAAACCUUGUAUGGCGAUAUCAAUGGAGUAGAGUUUUAUGUUGGUCUACUCAGUGAGAAACUUCGGCCCAAAGCAAUGUUUAGUGAGACAAUGAUGGAACUUGGGUCUCCAUUUUCUUUGAAGGGUCUCAUGUCUAACCCAUUGAGCAGUCCAAAAUAUUGGAAACCGUCAACAUUCGGUGGUGCUGUUGGGUUUGAUUUAGUUAAUUCUGCAACUUUAAAGAAACUCUUUUGUCAAAACAUAAAUGGUGAUUGUCCGGAGGUGUCAUUUAGAAUUCCAGGAUUUGUAGAAAGACAAGAAGAAACUGUAGAUGAAUGUUAUAGAAAUUGUUCAGAAUAUGAAGAACUAUGAGUCCUUCUAUUUUACGCAAAAAAUUUCGUGUAAUCAUUAGAAAAUAACAAUUUCAACAAGACUAAGGCAAUAAAAAAUGUAUAAUACUGA